AUGGUGAACUUCACCGUUGAAGAGAUUCGCGGUCUUAUGGACCGCCCUACCAACAUUCGUAACAUGUGCGUUAUUGCGCAUGUGGACCACGGCAAGUCCACUUUGACGGACUCGCUGGUGUCGAAGGCUGGUAUUAUUGCUCAUGCCAAGGCCGGUGACAUGCGCUUCAUGGACACCCGUGAUGAUGAGAAGGAGCGCGGUAUCACGAUCAAGUCGACCGCCAUUUCGAUGUACUUCCCUCUCAGCAAGGACGAGCUUGAGGCGGUGAAGCAGCCAAAGGAUGGCAACGAAUUCUUGAUCAACCUUAUUGACUCGCCUGGUCACGUUGACUUCUCGUCAGAAGUCACCGCUGCUCUGCGUGUCACUGACGGUGCGUUGGUCGUUGUCGACUGUAUUGAGGGUGUGUGUGUGCAGACCGAGACUGUGCUGCGCCAAGCCCUUAGCGAGCGUAUUAAGCCUGUUGUCUGUCUGAACAAGAUGGACCGUGCUCUUCUUGAGCUCCAGGUCGACAAGGAGGAUCUGUACCAGUCGUUCCAGCGCACGAUUGAGUCUGUGAACGUGGUCAUUGCCACCUACAACGACCCAGUCCUCGGUGAGUCGCAAGUCUACCCAGAGAAGGGUACUGUUGCCUUCGGUUCUGGUCUUCACGGAUGGGCUUUCACUCUGCGUCAGUUUGCCAGCCGAUACGCUAAGAAGUUCGGUGUGGACAAGGCGAAGAUGAUGGACAAGCUGUGGGGUGAGAACUUCUUCAACCCCAAGACAAAGAAGUGGUCGUCGAAGGAGGUUGAUGCCGAGGGCAACAAGCUCGAGCGCGCUUUCAGCAUGUUCGUGCUGGACCCGAUCUACCGUAUCUUCGACUCGAUCAUGAACUUCAAGAAGGAGGAGACUUUCAAGCUGCUUGAAAAGCUAGAGGUCGUGCUGACAUCGGACGAGCAGGAGCUCGAGGGUAAGGCGCUUCUGAAGGUUGUCAUGCGCAAGUUCCUGCCAGCUGGUGAUGCUCUCCUGGAGAUGGUUGUUAUUAACCUCCCAUCGCCUGUGACUGCUCAGCGCUACCGUGUUGAGACGCUGUACGAAGGUCCUAUGGACGACGAAUCGGCCAUCGGUAUCCGUGACUGUGACCCCAACGGUCCUCUCAUGCUUUAUGUCUCGAAGAUGGUGCCGACAUCUGACAAGGGCCGCUUCUACGCGUUUGGUCGUAUCUUCUCGGGUACUGUUCGCUCGGGUCCAAAGAUCCGUAUCCAAGGCCCUAACUAUGUGCCAGGCAAGAAGGAGGACCUGUUUGUCAAGUCGAUUCAGCGCACAGUGUUGAUGAUGGGUCGCUACAUCGAGCCCAUCGAGGAUUGCCCUGCUGGUAACAUCUUGGGUCUGGUUGGUGUGGACCAGUUCCUGCUCAAGAGCGGUACGUUGACGUCGUCGGAGACUGCGCACAACAUGAGGGUCAUGAAGUUCUCCGUGUCACCCGUCGUGCAGGUUGCCGUCGAGGUGAAGAAUGCCAACGACCUGCCGAAGCUUGUCGAGGGUCUGAAGCGUCUCUCGAAGUCGGACCCGUGUGUGCAGUCAUGGAUCGCCGAGUCUGGUGAACACAUUGUUGCCGGUGCUGGUGAGCUGCAUCUGGAGAUCUGCUUGAAGGAUCUCGAGGAGGACCACGCUGGUAUUCCUCUGCGUAUCUCGGAGCCUGUCGUCGGUUACCGUGAGACUGUGCAGACUGAGUCUUCUAUGGUUGCUCUGUCCAAGUCGCAGAACAAGCACAACCGUCUCUACGUGACGGCCCAGCCCAUUGAUGAGGAGCUGUGCAGGGAAAUUGAGACCGGCAAGGUGAACCCACGUGACGAUUUCAAGAUUCGUGCGCGUCACCUGGCCGACACGUAUGGUUGGGAUGUGGCCGACGCUCGUAAGAUUUGGUGCUUUGGUCCAGAGACAACUGGCCCUAACCUGCUGGUCGAUGUGACGAAGGGUGUGCAGUACCUGAACGAAAUCAAGGACUCGUGUGUGGCUGCCUUCCAGUGGGCCACGAAGGAGGGUGUGUGCUGUGAAGAGAGUGUCCGUGGUGUGCGCUACAAUAUUAUGGAUGUGACUCUGCACACAGAUGCCAUCCACCGUGGUGGUGGUCAGAUCAUCCCGACCACGCGUCGUGUGUGUAACGCGGCUGCCCUGCUGGCUCAGCCAGGUUUGCAGGAGCCAAUGUACUUGGUCGAGAUUCAGUGCCCUGACUCGUGCAUGGGUGGUAUCUACUCGACGCUCAGCCGACGCCGUGGCCAAGUGUUCAGCGAGGAGCCUCGUGUGGGUACGCCUAUGGUCACAGCCAAGGCGUACUUGCCAGUUAGCGAGUCAUUCGGCUUCAACGCCGACUUGCGUCAGGCCACGGGUGGUCAGGCCUUCCCUCAGAGUGUGUUUGACCACUGGGCGCUCAUGAGCGGUGUGGCUAGUGACAAGGAUGGCAAGCUCUAUGACCUUGUCAAGUCUAUCCGCACGCGCAAGGGUCUUAAGGAGGAUGUGCCUGACCUGAGCGUGUACUACGACAAGCUCUAA